AUGAUUAUAGAAGUCACAGCUGCCUGCGCUCUGUCUCGCCCAGCUCAAGCGAUUGCACUUUCAGGACUUGUACAUCACAUCUUCGACAGUAACACCAACGCAUACAUCACAGCAACGAUGCCGCACGCUGUCGAUAUCUACACCGAUGAAGACCUUAUCGUAGCAGCUUGCCACAAUCCUCUCCGGCAGUGGCUGAGCGAGCCUGACAUCGCUCACGACGAGGAUAGAAAAUGUGGAGUCAUCCGAUACUCCACCAACGCAGCCGUCAAGUUCAGUCGCUUCCUCAAUGCAGGAGAGGCUGCAUGUCAAAGACAAGCCCACCUCCUGACGGAUCCACUCGUGGUUCGUGUUCCUGAGGUUUACUACUAUUUCGAACGUGGCGAAGGAGUGAACCGGUGGGGAUAUCUUGUCAUGGAGUACAUCGAAGGAGAGAAGAGCGACGCACUUCCGACGCCCGACCAGCUGCGCACGAUUGUAGGAGUCAUCGAACAUUUGGGCACGAAACGCGGGAGUGUGCCGGGUCCUGUCGGCGGAGGUCGAACGUAUGGAAUGCUCUGGGAAGACGCAGAAGUCGAAAUCAGAAGUGUGGCGGAGCUCGAGAAACACUUCAACGACAGGCUAUUCGACAGCUAUGGUGGUCUCUGGAAUGAGAAGAGAUGGCAAGGGAUCGACGUCCAACCAUUCCGUUUCCAGGAGAGCGAGCUCGUGCUUGUACACGGUGGGAUCCGACCACACAAUUUUCUCUGGUGCUCAGAUGGCAUACCAGCUCUACUCGACUGGAGCGAGGCCGGAUUCUAA